UUAAAUUCACCCUGUGAACAUCUCCCGUGACACCGUCUCUUUGCAUUGCGAGUCGGCUGACCACCGGCCUCUCUCUUCCUCUCUCGUCGAUUCCGUCGCUCGCCGCCCUUCGAAACCUCCACUGAAUUGCGAGUCGGCUGCCCACCGGCGUCCCUCUCAUCCUCUCUCGUCGAUUCUGUCGCUUGCUGCUCCUCGAAACCUCCACUGAAGGAGCAUCCUCGAUAUCUGCCACUGCUGGAAACUAGGUCAGGUUUCAGGGAUUUGAGCCUAGGGCUUGAUCAAGUAUAUGUUGAACUAGAGUAAUUGAUGCGUUGGUUGUGCACACGGACCAAACCUUAACCUCGACUCUGAAGAUCUCUGAAUCUGGUCGGAAGAAUAUGCAUCCUCCUCUAACUUUGCAUCGGCAUCCUAUGUGUGCUGAGAUUAUUGAGGAUUUUCAGAAGUGCCAUGUAGACCAUCCAAUUGGAAAAUUUUUUGGGAAAUGCACUGAGCUAAAAAUAAAGCUUGAUCGUUGUUUUCGACAAGAGAAAGCAGUGAAGCGGAAGGUGAACUUCGAGCAAAGUAAAAAGUUCAAAGAAAGACUGCAGGCUUACAGAAAGGAGAUGGCAGAGAAAGACACAUAAGGGCCUUGCAAAGUACCCAUACUUGAAUCUCUCAUUAAUAGACCCUUGUCUAAAUUGACCAUUUAGAUCAAAAGCCCUAAAUUUUCCUUCUAUUGGGGAUUAAUAAAAUUUGUUAUUACUGGCUUCUUAGGUUAUACAAGAAGUACAAUCUUUAAUGUGCUCUUAUCUCUCUGAAACUUGCAAUGAUCUCUGUGGAGGUCAUAAUUAUUAAGGAGAAAUAUAUUCAUUAGUCCUACACUAUAUGCAUGAUGCUAGUUAUUAAGGAGAAAUAUAUUCAUUAGUCCUACACUAUAUGCAUGAUGCUAGAGUGAAAUUAAUUUGUCAUUGUAAAAUACUUAUGAUAAUUUUAUUUUUACUUAUUCUUUUAUUUUCUUUCCUUGCACUAACUAUUGGUGCUCCCAGCGGACCUAGUUUGUUUUGGUAGUAGUACACAUUGUUGAUAGUAUUUAGUGCAAUUUUGAUGCAUGCAUUGGCAUCAUUCUGAUUGCAUAUUACUGGAUAUUUCGCUGUUAAUUGCCUUGUUUUUGCCAUCGGAUUCAAUUUUCAAGAUGGUUUGUGUUUGAUAGUAUUUGGUGCACUUUUGAUACAUGCAUAAAUAUCAUGCUUAUUGCACUAUACUCAAUAUUUCCAUCCUAAUUUCUUUGUUUUAGUGAUCAGAUUUAGUUUCUGAAAUGGUUGUGUUAGACUUGCGAGAGUUGUUGUUACCUAAUAGACUUGAUUAUAACUCUUCUACAUUGUACUUUUGAUGAUCUAACUUGAGUUGAUCUUUCUGCUGAUCACAUAAUGUUAUACUUUCUAUGAAGAUUGUAUUCCUUUUUUUGAUGAUCUAACUUGCGAUGUUUGUGUUCCUUUUUAUGUUAAUACUUUCU